AUGUCACGAACUGGCGCGAUGAAACACACUAUAGCUCCAGCUGUGCUAUUGAUAUUUAGCUUCCUUUUAACAUGUCUUCUCUUUGCCGCCGUUCAAUCACGACGGAGGUCAUCAGGCCCACUGCGUUUGGUACCUUCAAGGCCGCUAGUACCUCCCGGACCACCAAGAAUUUUGGGAUGGCCAAUCAUCGGACUUCUUCAUUUCAUCGGAAAAGCUCCUCACCGUUCACUUGCCACUCUCUCAAGAUUUUAUGGACCAGUCAUGAGUCUUAGACUUGGAAGUAAAACCACAGUGGUUAUUUCGUCACCAGAGGCAGCACAAGAGGUUUUGAAAACGUCUGACCAUGUUUUCUCAGCACAAGCCUUCAGCGAGACCGUUAGAACCAUUGGUCACCAGGAAGAUGUCUCCAUUCCAGGGAUACCGUUUAUGUCGCCUCAUUGGAGGUUAUGGAGGAAGAUAUUGGAGACUAAGCUGUUCUCAAGGAAGUGUCUCGACGCCACCAAGACCAUACGGUCUAAGAAAGUGAAAGAGCUUAUAACAUUCAUUAUGGAAAGCUGCGAAAGAGGAGAAGCUGUCGAGAUAGCUCGUGCUUGCUUUGUCACAACGCUUAAUGUUAUCUCAAACGUUGUCUUUUCGACUGACUUAGGCAGUUACGACCAGAUGGCCUCAGUGGAACUCAGGGACUCGUUGUUUCGUGUAAUGGAGAUCAUGGGGAAACCGAACCUCGCAAACUAUUUUCCUUCUAUUGAACAUCUUGAUCUACAAGGUAUCAAGGAAGAGAUGAAGGUAUGUUCGGAGAGAUUGUUUAGUGUUUUCCAGGGGCUUAUCGAUGCUCGGAUGGCAGAAAGAUCACCGCGGCCUGAGCCUAGAGAGGCACGUAGCAGUGAUCUGUUGGAUUCACUUGUCGAUCUUAUUCAAGAAGAUGGAUGUGAAGUCGACGUGAACGAUAUCAAACACUUUCUAUAUGACUUGUUUAUAGCGGGAACGGAAACGAACUCUACCACAGUGGAAUGGGCGAUGGUUGAGCUAUUACGUAACCCAGAGGCUAUGGUUAACGCUAAAGUCGAGAUCAACUUUAUCGUUGGCCCAAACCGUUACGUUCGUGAUUCGGAUCUCUUAGAGUUUCCUUAUUUACAAGCUGUUGUUACUGAGACUCUUCGUUUGCACCCACCGAACCCAUUUCUGAUCCCACGCAAAGCUGAGUCAGACAUAGAGGUCUUAGGGUUCUUCUUGCCUGAGAAUGCUCAGAUUCUGGUGAACGCUUGGGCUAUAGGAAGAGACCAAAGUGUUUGGGAAAACGCGGAAAGGUUCAAGCCAGAGAGAUUCUUGGGACGAGAACUUGGGUCGAUAGGUCAAGAUUUUGAGAUGAUACCGUUUGGAGCUGGACGAAGGAUGUGCCCUGGAAUAUCAAUGGCGUUGAGGAUUGUGCCUCACAUGCUUGCUUCUCUUAUCUAUUCGUUUGGAUGGACUCUUGAAAACGAGAAAGACUACGCGGCUCCUGCGGAUUUGGACAUGAACGAGACUUUUGGUCUUACAUUGCACAAGUCUAACCCACUUUAUUCUGACUUUAAAUAUCUAAUGGAGAUGGCUCUGUUCCUCAUCUUUUGCUUCCUGUUAUCAUUCAUUCUUCUAGCCACCGCCGUCAGAUCCAAACGGAGAUCCACCUUACUGCCUCCGGGACCUCCGGGAUGGCCUAUCAUUGGAAACAUUCUCCAAAUCGGAAAAGCUCCCCACCGCUCACUUGCCGACCUCUCGAGAAUUUUUGGACCAGUCAUGAGUCUUAGGCUUGGAAGUUUAACCACCGUGAUCAUUUCCUCCCCAGAGGCCGCCAGAGAGGUGCUUAAAACACAUGAUCAAGUCCUGUCUGGACGAAUCAUCCUCGACCCUAUUCGAUCCAUCGACCACUACGAUGUCUCCAUGGCCUGGCUACCUUCGACGUCCCCUCGUUGGAGGUUAUGGAGGAAGAUAUCAGCGACUCACAUGUUCUCCCCGCAGUGUCUGGACGCCAACAAGUCCGUGCGCAUGAAGAAAGUGAAUGAACUUGUAACCUUUAUGAGCAAAAUAUGCGAAAGAGGAGAGUCCGUCGACAUUGCUCGUGCCUCAUUCGUCACAUCACUCAAUAUAAUCUCAAACACUUUCUUUUCGACCGACUUGGGUAGUUAUGACCUAAAAACUUCCAUGGAGCUCCAAGAAUCGGUGGUUCGUAUAAUGGAAACCAUUGGGAAACCAAACCUAGCCAACUACUUCCCGCUUAUAGGGUUUCUUGAUAUGCAAGGUAUCCGGAAAGAGAUGAAGGUAUGCUCAGAUAUGUUGUUUCAGGUUUUUCAAGGGUUCAUCGAUGCUCGGAACAAUGAGAAAGCAACGAGGGCUGAACGUGAUCUCUUGGAUUCGCUUAUGGAUUUAGUCAAAGGAAAUGAAUCCGAGCUCAACGUGAACGAUAUCAAACACUUUCUCUACGACAUGUUUCUUGGAGGGACUGAUACAAACUCCACUGUGGUGGAAUGGGCAAUGGCUGAGCUACUUCGCAACCCUAAGACAAUGGCUAAAGCUCAAGCCGAGAUAGACGAUAUGUGGUAG